AUGUCAAAAAAGAUAAGAUCGAGCUUCACUCGUACUAGUAACGAAGAAUCUAAUGAAGAUGAUAAGAACUGCGUGAAUGCAAAUUCUGAAGAGUUAUAUAUUAAAAAGAUUCGGUCCAUUUUAUAUGAGGAAUCUAUAAAUUUUAGUGAUAAAAAUACUUACUACAAAAGUAGUAAUAUACAUAAUUAUAAUAAUAUAGACACAUAUAUGGAUUAUAUAAAAAAAUCUAAUUAUGCUAGAAGCUAUGAACAAGAAAAUAUAUAUAACCAGGCUUUAAAUUUAUAUAAUAAUAGAAAUGUAUAUAUAAAAAAAAAGUAUCGUAAUGAUUUGUAUUAUAACAUGAAGAGAGACUUGAAAGGGGGACAUUAUUUUGGUGACGACGUUAAGUAUAUGGAUUACAUAGAUAAUGAUAAUAUAAAUGACAAAUAUAUGAAUGAUAAAAGUGUUAACAGUGAAUAUAUUAAGAAUGAGAAGAAAACAAAAUAUUAUAUAGAUAACAUGAACAUGGAAGAUAAAAAAAAAAAAAAACAUAAUAGUAUAAAACAUAAUAGUAUAAAACAUAAUAGUAUAAAAUAUAAAAGUUAUAAUAAUAAUGAUGAUGAUAAUUAUAUUUAUAAGGAAGAUUCCAAAGAUGUGUGCAGUUAUAAAAAUAAAAUGGACGAUAAAGAUAAAGGAUUUGAUGAUGUAUUCUUAGAAGAAAUUGACCAUGAUAUAAAUAUUGAAGAUUAUAAUUUGAUUCAUCUUAAACAUACACAAGCUUUGUAUGAUAAAAGAAAAAAAGAACAGAGUAUUAUAUUUUAUAAAAAAUAUAAAGAAUUAUUUGGAAAAGGUAAAACAAAUUUAAAAAAUGGUAAUGACAUAAGUAAUAGAAAGAAAUCAUUAAAAUAUACAAAUGAAGGACAUAAUUAUAUAUGCAAACGUAAUGAAGAGGAAAUAUAUAAUAAUAAUAAUAAUAAUAAUAAUACAGAUUUACUUACUGAUAUCAAAGAAUUAUAUAGUAUGAGUGAAUCUAAUAGUUAUAAUGAGAAAGAAGAAAAUUUCCUUGAACAAUUAAUAAAAUUAAGAUAUACACCUGAUCAGAUUACACAAUUAAGUGAUUUAUUUGAGAAUCCUAAAACUUUAAAAACAGUAAAUGUAAAAAUAUUAAAUUGGUUAAAUUGUCAAUUAAAUAAUGGUUAUUGGUUAGAAAGAUUUUCUUUAUUUUUAUUAGGAUUAACUAUAGCUAUAGGAGUAGGAAAUAUUGAAACAAUAUGGUUUUUAAUGUCUACAUGGCAUGGUGUUAUAUUUAUAGUACCAUAUAUUUUAUGUUAUUUUUUUGUUUGUCAUCCUAUAUUAACAUUUGAAUUAUAUAUAGGACAAUUAGUUAGAACAUCAACACCUUUUAUAUUCUAUAGAUUAUUAAAACCAUGUGCAUCUGUUGGAUUUUUAAUGGUAUUAGCAUGUCUUAUUAAUAGUUAUAUCAAUAGUUAUAGAACAGCAUCAGAAUAUUUUAUUUAUUUAAUUAACUGUUUUAAAAAAGAUCUUCCUUGGAAAUUAAAUAAAGAAGAAAUCAAAUUCUGUACUGACUUCAAAAAUGAUUUUGUUAAUUGUCAUAGUCAUAGACCUUUAUGCUUAUUUUCUAAACAAUUAUCUGCAUGUGUACCUAAUAGCAUAGGAAAAGCUUUCUUAAUAUAUCAUAAAAAAUUCUUUCCAAAUAAUAAGCUAUAUAAUUUCUUAUUAAAUAUUAGUGAUCAUAAAAAUUAUAUUAAUAUAUUUUCAAAUGGAGAUUCCUAUUUUGAUAAAGAUUCACUUAUUUUUCUUUGCAUAUGUAAUUUCCUAGUAACCAGUUUUCAACUUUUUGGAUUAACAAACUUUGCUUUCUCAGCGGCUCUUGUUCUUUUAUUGAUAGGAUUUUUAUCAAUAACUCAAUUUGCUACUAUGAUUAACUUGAAUAGUGCUUCACAGGCUUAUUCCCACGUCUUAAAGUCUUGGAAUUUCUCUUACUUAUAUACUUAUUCGUCCAUAUGGUCCCAGUGUGUAUCAUUUGCCCUUUAUGAGCUCUCCAUAGGCAUGGGUAUUUAUUCUUCCUUAGCCACAAAAACGAGAAUUGGAACUAACUUAGCUUUUGAUGGAUAUGCUAUCACUACGUGGAAUUCUAUCAUAUCGUCUCUUAUGUUUUUCUCAGCUAUUGCUGUUAUUGGUUUCAUAUCUAAAAGUCUAAAUUCCCACUUUGUUGAUAUUUUAGAAUUCUCAAGAAGUGACUGUUCAUUUAUUCUUUUUCCAGUUGGUUUUACAUAUUUAAAAAAAAUGGAGAAAACGUUGUGCAUGCUUUAUUAUGGGUCUUAUGCAGUUUUGUCAUGCGCCUCACUAGCCAUACAAUGUGAAGUUAUAGUUAUGACCAUAAAAGAUUUUAAAUUUUGUAAAAAUAUUAAAAAGAGGAAUAUCAUAUUAUUAUUGUCUAUUUUAUUUUUUAUUUCUUCUUUUUUUAUAUCAAAUUCGGAUGCUAAGAAUAUUAUAUGGUUUUUAAAUUUUACUAUAUCAGAAAAUGGUAGAAUAUUUGUAUCUCUUCUUAUCUGUAUAAUAUUAGGCUGGUUUUAUAACACAGAAUAUCAAUUUAAAAAUUUAACGACUAAAAGUGUGCUAUUUUUCAAUAUAACCUAUUGGGUAUUAAACAUAAUGGUCAGCAUAAUAUUCAAUUAUUUAACUUACCAUGUGUAUGUAUUAUAUUUAUGUAGAAUACUCAUAUUUUUGAUAAGCACAAUAUUUGCAUUGAUAGUCUUAAAAGCAGAAGUAUACUUAAAUAAAGGAGACCUAGAAAUUUUUUAUAAUAGAACUACAUAUAAGAAUAUAUUAUAUAUACUAUACAUUGGAAAUAUAGAAACCUUAAGAAAAGAACUACAAAGAAUUAUCAGUGGAAAUGUUUUCAUAGGAAAUAUUUCUAUAGUUUGGUCUAUAUGUAUAAAAUAUAUAGGGACCUCUAUUUUACUUUCUGCUUUUAUUGAAUUUGCUGAUGGUAUUUUUUAUAGCAAUGAAAUAAAAGAAAAAGUCAAAAUAAUACCAAAGGGAUGGGUCUUUUUUUCAAUAUUUUUCUGGGUAUUUAUAAUACUCUUAUUGUUUCUUUUCCCAUUUUUUACACAGACUUUUGAAAAGUAUUGUGCCUAUGAUGACUAUUUCGUAGACUUUUCUAUACUUCCUUCCAAGCCUUUAAAAGAAGUACAAAAUUUCAAUAUUCUCUCUUAUUUUUAUGAAUUUAAAAAUAUCAGAAAGAGGAGAAAAAAGAAGCCUAAAAAAAUUAGGGUUGACUGA